UAGGCGCGCGGGACGCGGACGCGGGAAGGGCGGGAGGAGCUGCGAAAGGGAGACAGAACAAGGCGGUGGACGAGCUAGUGGUUCCAGGGGACGUGUUGCGGAUCGGCCUGAACGAUGAGGAUUUCGAAGCACGCGUAGAGGCCGUGGAUGUGGCGGCGGGUGGAAGCCGGGGCGAGGUGAGGCUUGAGGGGGCGUGGGCAUGUGAAGACCAGCGGAAGGCGCUUGUGUUCAAAAGGGGGCCCGCCACGAGGAAAAAGGCGUACGCGGACUUGCUGCUGGCCAAGGAGAAGGAGCAGAAAGGGAUGACGGACCAGCUCCACGAGGCGGGAUUUGCCUCCAUUUUCGCCGUGCUCGAGGGCGGGGACCUGUCCUGCCCGAUUUGCCUCUGUACGGUCAGCGAGCCCACCGUCACGCAGUGCUGCCACGUAUACUGUCAGUCUUGCAUAUUGGCGCAGAUAGAAGAAGCGCAGAAACAGCACGAGCUCCAUGGAGGCUACGGGGGCCUAGCCAACCUAGGCACUCGCUGCGCUGUUUGUCGGAAGCCAAUCUCGCAGAAGAGCUUGAUGCGC